UAUGGUGGCCUAAAUUUUCUCGCUUAUAUUUAGUUUAAAUAAUCUGUUGUAAUCUGUGUUUAUAUACUACGACAAAUCGUAUUUCAAAGAUUAUAUUUCCAGUGUUAGAAGCCGUUAACACGUUGAUGAUGAUAUUUCAUGUUAUCCUAGUACUUUGUCAUGGCUCUCUUAAUUAAGUAGUAUAUCUUCAGUAACAUUAGCCCAAAGCAAAAAUGUCUCAAUUUAGGUAACUACAAGAAAAAUGCCAUUGCAGUUUUGCUGCCUUAAAUUGACAAACUAGGGUGUGUUCUUCCACGUAAAAUCAAACGUUUUAAUCUUGAUACGUUUGUUAGGUAGCAUAUCUACUACUUGUUUACUUGGUUACACAGUCUUGCGCAGUGAUGACGCCAUCGGCAGUCCCCGAUAGCAUUUUUUAAUGAACGAGCUAGCUAGUAAAUUAUCUCGGAAUGUAAUGUUGUAAUCAAUCGGUGUUACACGUUAUACUACUAAUCAUGUAUUUACCAGGUAUCAACAUGGUCCAGCGCCUAACUUACCGUCGUAGAUUGUCCUACAACACCGCCUCCAACAAAACUAGGCUGUCCCGGACUCCUGGUAACCGCAUUGUGUACCUGUACACCAAGAAGGUGGGCAAGGCACCUAAGUCUGCAUGCGGAAUAUGCCCUGGUAGACUGCGUGGAAUCCGGGCAGUGAGACCCCAGGUCCUGAUGAGGCUCUCAAAGACAAAGAAGCACGUCAGCAGGGCCUACGGCGGUGCCAUGUGUGCGAAGUGUGUACGCGAUAGGAUCAAGCGUGCUUUCCUGAUUGAGGAGCAGAAGAUCGUUGUCAAGGUCCUUAAAGCACAGGCACAGAGUCAAAAAUCUAAGUAAAUGUGUAUUUGUACUGCAACAUUAAAAUAAUUGAACUAUG